AUGGGAAGAUUUAUAACUAAAUUAAAGUUAAUAGAUCAAUCAUUAGUCGAAAAAUGGAAUGAAUAUUUAACUGAUAUUGACAGCAUUGAAACUUUAGUAAAAAUAACCAAUCAACUUAAUAAUUUUAUUCAUGAGCAGUUAAUGCCAAAGAAAUCAAAAACAAUCACAAUAGAAAAUGA